GAUCAAUGAAUGCAACCCAUGAGCUCUUCAUUACUUUAGCACGAAGGGAUCACGUUUCUCUCCAGCCAAUCAAAGGCAAGGCGAUCCAUCUCCCUUUUAUAAAUCGGACACUUUUUUCUUUUGUAGGCGAAUGAAAGGUAACCAUUUGGGAUUGCACAGGACAUUUACUGAAGGCUGUACCAGGGUUUUAAUCCUAUUCUUUACUUGAUAUAAGUUUUCAAGGCUCAGUGAAAAUGGCCACUUCAGAGAGUGCCAGUUUGAGUAAAGCUGUGAAGCAGCAGUAUAUGGAUCUUCCUCAGGGAGACAAGGUUCAGGCCAUGUACAUCUGGAUAGAUGGGACUGGAGAGGGUCUCCGCUGCAAGACCAGAACUCUGGAUUCCGAACCCAAGGCCAUUGAUGAUCUUCCAGAGUGGAACUUUGAUGGUUCCAGUACGUACCAGUCAGAGGGCUCUAACAGCGACAUGUAUCUGAUCCCUGCUGCUAUGUUCAGAGACCCCUUCAGGAAAGACCCCAACAAACUGGUCCUGUGUCAAGUGCUCAAAUACAACCGCAAGCCUGCAGAAACCAAUCUCCGGCGGAUGUGUAAGAAGAUCAUGGAGAUGGUAGAGAACCAGGUCCCUUGGUUUGGUAUGGAACAGGAAUACACCAUCCUGGGCACAGACGGACAUCCUUUUGGUUGGCCUUCUAAUGGCUUCCCUGGUCCCCAAGGUCCCUACUACUGUGGAGUAGGGGCAGACAAGGCGUAUGGUAGAGACAUCGUAGAAGCCCACUACAGGGCCUGUCUUUAUGCCGGGGUUCAGAUAUGUGGCACCAAUGCUGAAGUCAUGCCAGCUCAGUGGGAGUUCCAGGUGGGACCUUGUGAAGGGAUCAACAUGGGAGACCACCUCUGGGCAGCUCGGUUCAUCCUGCACCGGGUCUGUGAGGACUUUGGUGUAGUGGCCUCAUUUGACCCCAAGCCCAUCCCUGGGAACUGGAAUGGUGCUGGCUGCCAUACCAACUUCAGCACCAAGGAGAUGAGAGAAGAUGGUGGGUUGAGGGCCAUUGAGGAGUCGAUCGAGAAGCUGGGAAAGAGACACCGUUACCACAUCUGUGCCUACGACCCCAAAGGAGGGCUGGACAACGCGCGCCGGUUGACCGGUCACCACGAAACGUCCAACAUCCAUGAGUUCUCAGCCGGUGUGGCAAACCGCGGUGCCAGCAUCCGCAUCCCCCGCUCAGUGGGUCAGGACAAGAAGGGCUACUUCGAGGACCGCCGCCCGUCAGCAAACUGUGACCCAUAUGCAGUCACAGAAGCCAUGAUACGCACAUGUUUGCUCAGUGAAGUGGGGGAGGAGCCUACAGAAUACAGCAAAUAAACUAGUUACUCUGUUGGACUGAAAUAAUCCCCUUUCUCUCCUCUUGCGCUACGCCUCAUGAAGUGUCAUUCCCAGUACUGUUUUGUCUGUGGCUUUGGAAACCCCUUGUAUAAAUUGCAAAUCUUGACCAUCCAUGUAGGGCUUACUUUUUUAGCCAUUAAAAAAUAUUUUACUUGAGAUCAAUGAGUGUGCUUGAUGUAUUCUGCUGUGUGUUCAGGGUAGCGUAGUCCCUAACUUUUUUUAGCUUGAUCACUGCCAAUAUUGCCAUAUAAUUGAUGCUAAAGAAUGAUUCCAGACAUGUCAGUCGAGGAGGGUGAAAUGUUUCAUAUGUAUAGGUCUAGUUUUGUGUAUCAAUUUGCUACUCAUGUUUAACAUGAUAUACUAACCAAGAUGCUGUAGAUUUAUGACUAUGCCAUGUGUGGUCUGGCUCGUGUGGUACACAAACCCAAAAGGAUCCAAGGUGCAUCUGUCUUUAUACAUGUGUGGAUCUCUAUUGUCUACCAUUUAGUAGAAGUUGUAUCAAGAACCCAUUUUCUUAUUUGGAACAUUAAAAAAUAUUUUUUAAUCUGA